AGACUAUAUGAGGCGUCGUCGUGUAUUCUCAGUAAAACUUUUUAUAUUCUCAUUCAUCGCAAAAUCUUCCAUUAAACUUACUCACUUUUCUCUCUCAAUUUUCAAUAGAUUUUUCAAAUCCUUCCUCUUCAAAACCCUAACUUUCUUUCCGCUCAUGGACGACCAUUUUUUAACCGCCGCUGAUGACACCACCUUCAAUAAUAAUAAUAAUACUAAUAAUACUUUAAUUGACCUCGACCUCACUGGCUCCGCUGCUUCUACUUCAUAUCCUUCUGGCCGUUACUUUUCCCGUCCCUUUGUUGACGACGAUGAUAACGGCAUUGAGAAGCUUUACUUAGUUCCGUUUAGGUGGUGGAACGCGGCGAGAAUUGGCGACGGUGAGACUGGAGUGUUGUAUGACGUGGCAGUGAGUAGUAAUAGCGACGAGGAUGAUUAUUAUUAUGGUCGCGAUUCUAAUAAGGAGAUUGUGCUUGAGUUGAGUAAGGUAGAUGAAGGUAGAAGGGAGAGUUGUAACGUGUUUGCUUUAUUGUCUGCUUCAAUGUGGCUUCGAACACUUAAAUUGAACUAUGAAUCGAACGAUGUAAAUACCUCUUUGCUUGUAGAAGAUUUGUUUGAAGAUGCAUUUCCUUUACAAAUCAGGCUUUCAGUUUCUGUAGAAACAAAUACAUUGAUUGUGAAAAUUGGCUUAAAUGGCAAUGAGAUUGUUUACAACAGAGCUUGCAAUCUAUUUUCCCCUAAGGAUAAACUGAUGAUUUGGGACUUCUCAAGACAAAUAACCCAACUCCUCUUGGAAGAUAAAGUUGAUCUGCCUAAUGGCUCUAUUGGACAACCUGCGGAAGAGAUUCUUCUUGAAUUGCAAGUCCAUGGAUUAUCAUACUCCAUCAAGGGUAGAGAUGGAAAGUCGGACGAGAUGGAAAUAAAUAGCAUGGAAGAUGAUUUUUCCGGCACUAGUUCAAUUAAAAUGAAUGGGGGCAGUGAGCUUAUGAGCACUGCUACUCCAGCGAACUUAUCACUUUCUGGUUGUGGAUAUAGAAGAGUUGGUUUCUUUGGUUUGACAGGAUUAAGGAACCUUGGGAAUACAUGCUUCAUGAAUAGUGUCAUUCAGUGCUUAGCACACACUUCAAAGCUAGUUGAUUAUUUCUUGGGAGAUUAUAAAAAAGAAAUAAAUCGUGAAAAUCCACUGGGCUUGAAUGGUGAACUGGCUUUGGCAUUUGAAGUCCUGUUAAGGAAGCUUUGGACUCCAGGAGCAGUUCCAGUUGCUCCAAGAAUGUUCAAGCUAAAAGUCACUAAUUUUGCUCCUCAAUUCAGUGGUUAUAAUCAGCAUGAUUCCCAAGAAUUUCUUGUUUUUUUGCUUGAUGGACUUCAUGAAGAUCUGAACCGUGUUAAAUCCAAGAAAUAUAUUGAAGCUAAAGAUACAGAUGACCGUCCAGACAAUGAAGUAGCUGAUGAAUAUUGGCAGAAUCAUCUGGCUCGGAAUGACUCCAGUAUAGUUGAUUUGUACCAAGGUCAGUAUCGUUCAACACUGAUUUGCCAUAUGUGUAAGAAGAAGUCUGUUACAUUUGACCCAUUUAUGCACCUGUCGCUGCCACUACCUUCAACAACAAUGCGAAGCAUGACUUUGACUUUGUUGAGCACUGAUGGGGCUACCUUGCCUUCUCCUAUAACUGUUACUGUGCUAAAGUGUGGAUUGUUAAAGGAUCUUCUUGAUGCCUUGAGCUCUGCAUGUUCCUUAGGAAAUGAUGAAACCUUGUUAGUGGCUGAGAUAUACAGGAACAAAAUUUUCCGUAUCUUGAUGGAGCCAUCUGAUGCUCUGGAUUUGAUAAGAGAUGAUGACAAACUUGUUGCUUAUCGGUUGCCCAAAGAUAAUGAGGCAUCCACCUUGGUUGUGUUUAUGCAUGAAUACUUGGACAAGACUUCAGAAUUGACCUGUAGAACGCCAAACUGGAAGUUGUUUGGCAUUCCAUUUGUAACGAGAUUGUCCAAUCUUCAUACUGGACUUGAUCUGCGUAGACAAUAUCUUAAACUGGUGAAUCCAUUUAUAAUGCCUCCUGAUGACGAUGUAUUGAAUGAUUAUGAUGAUUCGCACAUUGCAACUAACGAUGAUUCGCAAAUUGCAACUAACGAUGAUUCGCAAAUUGCAACUAACGAUGAUUCGCAAAUUGCAACUAACGAUGAUUCGCAAAUUGCAACUAACGAUGAUUCGCAAAUUGCAACUAAUGAUGAUUCACAAAUUGCAACUAAUGAAGAUUCUGCAAUGGAGGACGUCCCUAGUCCUACAGUUUCAAAUGAUAUUGCUGGGACAGAUGGUGAAACAGAUGAUGAUUCAGAUUUCAGUGAUUUUCAGUUCUGCUGUGAGAAUAUGCUUGGAUCAAGAGAAGGGAUACAAAUGAGUAACCCAAUAUCAUUCUCUAGAUUUAAGAAGACAAUUAAUGUGCAUGUUUCAUGGUCAGAAAAAAUGAUUGAGAAGUAUGAUACAUGCAUUCUAAGAUCUUUACCUGAGGUUUUUAAGCCACAACUGUAUACAAGGAGGCCCUAUGAUUCUGUUUCUUUGUAUAAAUGUCUGGAAGCAUUUUUAACUGAAGAGCCUUUGGGACAGGAAGACAUGUGGUAUUGUCCGGCCUGCAAAAAGCAUCAACAAGCUACUAAGAAAUUAGAUUUAUGGAGAUUGCCUGAGAUAUUGGUUGUUCACUUAAAGAGGUUCUCAUACAGUCGAUUUAGUAAGAAUAAGCUGGAAACUCAUGUUGAUUUCCCAGUACGGGAUUUUCAUCUUUCAAAUUACAUUUCUCGCGAGGAGGAUGGACAGGUUUCUUAUCGUUACGUGCUGUAUGCAAUAAUUAACCAUUAUGGAUGCAUGGGAGGUGGUCACUAUACUGCAUUUAUUGACCAUGGUCAAGGUAGGUGGUAUGAAUUCGACGAUGACAGCGUUAUUCCUGUUAAUGAAGACAGAAUUAAAACAUCUGCUGCUUAUGUCCUCUUUUACCGAAGAGUUGCUUGACCUCAUUGUAUCUUGUUGCUGUAAUUUACCAUCUGCCGGAGGCCAUGAGGUUGGAAUUAGAGAAAACACAUUACGGAAAAGGUAUUUGAUCUGCUGUACAGUUUUUGGGAAGGUUUUGAUGAACAACAGAAGUUCAUUUCAUUUUUUUUCAAAAGUAACUGUGCCUUGCAAUAUAUAUAUAUAUAUAUAGUUCUGAAAGAACGACGAUAGUUUUCUCAGCAAUUUUUUUGUCAGAAGGGGAUUAUUCCCUUUUGCUCGAAAUGUAGAGUUUAAAUUGGAUAGUUUUUAUAGAUGAUGAAGGAAGUUUGAUACAUUUCAACUCACGGAUUCUUCGAGCGACUGCUAUUGGUCUUUAAUUUUUAGGUACAUCAUUCAAUGAUAGAGCUAACUCUGCAUUUACUGUACAUGCUUAGAAUGAUAUUCAUUAUAUGUGAACUUGCCUGAAAAAUGGUUGAUAUAAUUAUGAUUUUUUUGAUGUUA